UGUUGUGUUUUUCGUCGUGGAGGAAAACAGGGGUUUCAAAUGAAUCGAAUGAAAAUCUAAAAAUAGAAUCAUUGUGUUUGUUAAAGUGAAGGCAACCAAUGCGUUUCGCUUUAUGUCCAACUCAAACCUACCAUACACAUAAACACAGCUACAUUCUGUUUGUGGUAAAACAUCUUUAAACCAUUCACAAGUCUGACAAAAGUGGUGCCAGCGGGAGGGGCAACUUUUCUUUUCUUUUUCUGCUUCAAGGGACUUUAACGUCCACUUUUGAUUGACUGCGCCGAGAAGUGAAACUGUAUCAAGAUGCCGCACAAGAGGCGAAACCACGACCACCACAAAGACGCAAAAGCCACGACAGAGUCGCAACCCAAACAGGCCACACCCAAACCAGCAGCUCAGGUCUCCACUGUGACGUCUUCUCAGUUUGAGAAGGCAUCAUCGGGAUCCACCAUGGCUUCAAAGCCUGGCGGGGUUACGACCCCAAAAGGUGUCACGGCGGGAAGUACUUCCAUCGGGACAGCAGGACAGGGGGUUCCAACAGCGAAACCCCAGACUAACACCAAAUCCACUGUUAUUGACAUGUCGUCUGCUGGGUCAACUGUUGUCAACAUGACAUUGUCUGGGACGAGGGGAAGUCCCAAUAUGAUAUCGAAGACGCCACCUGUCACCACUGUAAAGUCGUCUUCUGCUGCCAGUGGAACAGCAGUGACUACAGCAGCAGCAGCUAAUGCUGCCAUAUCGACUUCUAAAGGCUCGCCAAAAAACACGGCCAAGGUGCAAGUGGAAGUUCCUCGAACAGUAGAAACAAUAGGAGCCAAAGAGGGCUCUGCAGUAGAUCCAUUUGACGCCUUGGCCAGUAUACUUCCACCAGUUGAUCCAGUUAAACCUCCUGAACCUAUAUUCACUGGGCCUGAGGUCAAAGAGCAUGAUGCCACAUCUGAGGAGGCUCCCAAGUGUGGAGAAAGAGAGGAUACGCUGCCUCCAGGUUACAGAUUUGAAAAUAUGGCUCCGGUCCCUGGAGACGCUAUACCCAAGGAUGUUCCUAAACCAUUCAGUACAGAAGAGGCCCUGGAUUGUCUUUCAGCGGGUUUCACAUCAACGGUUCCAACUGCACCCAAAAUGCAGGUCAGACACCAAAAAGACAAAGCUGCUGCCUCAUCUGCUGCCCCGUGUUCCAUUGCGCCACCACUGAAGAAAGCUGAAAUCCCCGCACCUGAGCCUUGCGUAGCAGUCUGUCCGCCAGCUGAUAAAAAAGCCAAAAUGGAAGUCGAUAACUUUUCAUUGUCAGCUGGUCUUUCCGCUGCUCCAUUCAAGAAAGCUGCAUGCGUGGCUCCACCAACUGAAGUAAAAGAAAUCCAAGUGGCUAAAGACUCUUCUUCUGGUCUCUCUCUGAAAGCAGGGCUUGACAUGAAGUCCAAAACCGAUGAGGGUGGCGUUAUGUCUCCGGGUGCUCUCAGUGCUCUUGGUGACAUGUUGGCGGCACCAGAACCCAAACCAGAACCCAAACUGAGACCAGAGGACAUUGUCUCCGAAGAAAAACACAAGGAGGAAGAUGCUGUGCGUGUAGGGGAGAGGGAAGACUCAAUUGCACCGGAGUACAGGUUUAAUAAGGAGGAACUCAAGAAACUGCCUGCUCCUAAACCUCAGCCCACCAUGAAUACUAAUGAGGCUCUGGACAUUCUGUCGGGAGACAUUCUAAGCUCCUCAGCUGCUCCCACACAGAAAGCUGAAGUAUCUGCAUUUGCUCCAACUGUCUCUGUGUGUCCUGCUCCACCCAAACCGUCUCAGGUUGGCUCCUUGCCUUUGGAUGCACUCAGUGCUCUGAGUGAUUCUCUACCAGCCGAUAAACCAAAACCUGAACCCCCGAAGCCCAGACCCGAAGAUAUCGUCUCAGAGAAAAAACACAAAGAGGAAGAUGCUGUGCUAGUAGGAGAGAGAGAAGACUCAAUUGCACCAGAGUACAGGUUUAAUGAGGAAGAACUUAGAAAAUUACCUGCUCCCAAACCUCAGCCCACCAUGAAUACUAAUGAGGCAUUAGACCUUUUGUCAGGAGACCUCAUGAACUUAUCAGAUGCCCCAGUACAGCCCGAUCAGGGUGUUUUGGUUGCAACUAAAUCGGCUGGUGUUCAUGCAUCACUUCCGCCUUCGACCAUAAAGAAACCCCAGGUAUCAGAUUGCCCUCCAGUGUUACCACCACAAGACAAGCUCAAGGCUGAUGAGGGUGACUACAUGCCUUUGGAUGCUCUUGGAGCUCUUGGUGACACGUUGGGAGCACCAGAACCGACACCAGAACCUCCCAAACUUAGACCUGAGGACAUAGUUUCAGAGGCAAAACAUAAGGAGGAAGAUGCGGUGCUUGUAGGGGAGAGAGAGGAUUCAAUUGCACCAAAAUACAGGUUUAAUAAAGAGGAACUUGAAAAACUUCCUGCUCCUAAACCUGAACCCAAGAUGAAUACCACUGAGGCCCUGGACAUUCUAUCUGGAGACCUUUUGACAUCCUCUGCUGCUCCUGCUGUCCAGGCUCCUUUGGUCUCCUCUUCUGCUGCUCCUACACAGUCUUCUGCAGACUUGGCUCUGGAUGCAUUAGCAGGAGACUUUCUUUCAUCCUCUGCUGCCCCUACAGUCAAAUCUGCUGCUUACGCCCCCACAGAAUCCUCCUCGCAGCUUUCGUCAGGAGCUGACAGCGCCCUGGAUGCUCUAUCGGAAACUCUGGUAACGGAAAUUACCCCCGUCCCUCAGCCAGCGCCCAUUCCUGCCAAAGACCUUGUUGAGGAGAAGAAGGCGGUUGAAGAGAGGCUCAUUAAAAUGGGAGAACGAGAUGACACUCUGCCACCAGAGUACAGACCCACUGAGGAAGAUCUUAAGAAAAUGGCCGAAGCCAAGGCGAAAGCAGAUACCACUCCAAAGACGUCAAUGGAUGAAAAGACGGCUUUGGACUUGCUGUCCACCGAUUUCGUAUCGUCUGCUGCUGCCGCUACAGAGUUGACACCUCCUGCGCUUGACUCUCAGCCCUUGAAGCCAUUGCCCCGUCCUGUUGUGGAGAAACUCUCUGACACCCUCCUUCCAGAUGAUCCAGCAUUCAAGGCAAAGACAAGCACAGCCAAGAGCAAGAGAAAGUCAAAGUCUAAAAAACAACAUGCAUCAGAGCCUCCUGCUGACACCCAGCUCUGUGGCCAGCCAAGCUCAGACAUUGUACCAACAUCUACACAGCAGGGGAAGAAAAGCUAGACUACACACUGACAGGUUGCUGGUGCAGUUUGACCUCAAGAUGCCUUUGAAGACGCUCCAGUGGGGACCCUACUUUCUGCAUCUCGGCAUUGAGAUUAUACUUUAUUCUAUCAAGGUUGUACACUAGUUGAACAGCAACCUAGACACGCACACAUACUCUAACAUACAACCAUGCCUUUCUUGCUUGGUUUCAAAUUAGUCAACGAGCUUUUGGUUUUGUUUUCUGUGUGGCAAGAGAUGCUGGGAAAAUAGAUUUUGCUGGUCAAUGUGGAUAAAUAAGAAGGGUGUCGUCCAUGUCAUGUUUUAGUUCUCCUGUGCCGCUAUCGACAUCCGUGUGAGCCUGUCGACUUUUUGGCUUACACAAGCUGCAUGGAGUGAGUGUAUAGUAUUAAGAUGUUGUGCAAUGCUUUAUGCAAAUGGAAAUUGUUUCUUUAUAUCCUCAAGUGCCAUUAAGACGCUAGUGUACAGCUUUGAUUACUUUCAUUUUUACUUACAAAUAUGCAGAGCUUUUCAGGAGGCUUAAUUCUUUGCAAAUGCCAUUUAGAGAAACAUUGAUGGGGUCUUUGGUAUAUAUUUUUGUAAAAAGUACUGGUGUCCACAAUUGCACUUCGUAAACCAUGGUGGUGUUUACAACAAACUGUAAAAAAAGAAAAAAACAAACAAAAUGAAAAUAAAAAAAUAUAUAUAUGAUUUUACUCUAAGAAAACACUGUAUGACUUACAAAGGGCUUUGAUAUGUUAAGUAAAAUCAAAGAUGUAUUUUCUUGCUCUGUGGUUUGUUUGGAUGUGCAUUGAGAGACAGACGUGCGAUAUUUUAGAUAUGGGAAUACUAAUUAAACCUAAUUAGUCUGAUAACCAGUAUAUGUGUAUUUUCAACAUAAUUUGUGCCUAAAAAGCUAAAUACUGUUAAGAACAUCUGAAAAGAAUUUUUCCUUAAGGUGUAAGGGAACUGUGUGUGUGCCAAAACUGAAAAGAAACAAAAACUCCUGACUCUGUGGUUUGUACACUCUGCAAAAGGGUAUAGCAGCACACUUCCUGUUCACUUCGGGGGUCUUAAAAACAAGACAUAUAUUUUGCUAAACGCAUUAAAUGUUUUAAAUAUUUUAGUCAAGAUCCCGAAUGACUGAUGGUGAUGCAAAUGAGUUGAAAUCAUAAAGUGACAAAACAAUGAGCAUAAAUAAAGACAAACAAUUCAUUGAAAUUAAAA